AUGCUGGACGAAUUCGGAGCCCCUAUAUUCAGCCCUGAAGAGGUUGAACAUCUCAAGCGUCUUGAACAGCAACACCCAUCGAAUGCAAGACGGAUGGCCGUCGAUAGACUGAGAGAACCCAGCCCAGAGCCUGCGCGUGUUGUUAGCGACAUCAGCGAUGGGGCUCUAAAGACUUCGGCAGCUAGGCUCUCGUCGUUGUUGGCUACUAACCCAAAGAUCAAAGCUGCUCAGUCUGAAUGGGAAAAGAAGAACCAAUCACAACCACAGCCAGGGCCUUCUUAUGCAGGACCGUUAAGAAUGCCUUCACUGAAGCCCCCUCAGCCUCAUCGGAAGAGGGACUCACCAGCGUCAGAUGGAUCUGCUGGGCCAGCUACGAAAAGACAGAAUAGUGAUUUUGAUUUCGAACAGGCUCGUCAAGAGGCGUUUCGCUUUACGGAAGCUGAAGUGGCACGGCAGAUGUCUGAAAUAAAUAACACGCCGUCAAUCCCGGCGCAAAUGGUCCCUCAAAGUCAGACUCAUUCUCAAACAACUCAUUUGACUGGAGCUGAAUUGGUCAAAAAAUACACUGGCCAAGGGACAUCGCCAACGCCUGUGCCGACGCCUGGGAGAAGAACCCCAGCGGCAAUGGGAGUUGUAGCAGACUACCAACAUACUGGCGAAGUUGUUCCCAUCACUAUUGCCGAAGGCAAUCGCCUCUACAGUUCCUACCACGACCCUAAGGAAGGAGUGAUCUCUGCUCGUGGCGCACUCAUUCCGCCAAACUACAAGUUGUACGAUGAUGAUCCUCUACUUCCAUUCGUCUGCCCUGUGCGAGAUUGUCGCCGUUUGUUCAAAGGGCUGCCAAGUCUUGGUGGACACUUUUCGGCUGGUCAUUGUUUGACUACGUUCAACGACAACGGAGACGGCACCUUGACAAAGGUUGGCAGUUAUAAAAAGAACGGCCCUGGGCCAACGCCUGCCAUUGUUGUUUCCCGACACCCUCUGCCCCCUAACGCGCCACCGCCGGUCAACCCAGGACUUUCGGUAGCUGCAACCUUCCAGCAAGGUCGAGCUUUUCGCGAGCAGCUCACCAAGAAGACAACUCGAGGGCAGGAAACUCCGGUUUUUCCUCCUACCCCUCUUGUGCGCUCCUCGGAUGUCAAAUCCUUUCUUCACAAACAUCUCAGUCCAGACCAAACAGAUCAUCAUCGAGAGGACAUCGACUUCAUGCUUUCGUUGCCUCGAAUGCGAGAUCUCACUAAAGAUUGGAAGCAAAGCCAUGGCGGAAAGACUUUGGAUAUGAGCCAUUACGCUUGCGCGUUGGCUUACCUCACUGGAAGGGUAGUGGAUGGCAUCGAGAAGUGCAGAGCCAAUUUAGGUCGACCAACUUCUAGACUAUCAACACCUUGUAUCGCCCUCCCAUUUGGAAUGCCCACGGCAGCAAAGCAAGCAUUCUCUUCUCUAGAGACUUGUGUUGGUUGCCGAUAUUGGUGUAUUCUACAACGACGCUCCAACGCAUGUGAUUGGUGUCCUGCCUCUCAACGUCGACAACAGGGAAGCUCUGCCAGUUCAGCAAGAUCAUCUUCGUCUGAAGAUGUCACCCCUGCAAUGGAUGUUGACGCGGAAGAGGAGUCUGAGGUACCGAUCAUCCUGGCGCCCGUGACAGAGACUACAACACAGUCUACAACUGGAAUCCCGAGCAGACCAGAUCAGGUUGGUGGAGUGGAGCUUGAGAUGGAAGACUGGGAGAUUGCUCCAGGCAGGAUGAAGGAUUCGUCUUCCUCAGAAAACGUUGCCUUUUCCAACUCCUACCUCACCAGUGGCCAACCCGUCACGGUUUCUGAGGACGUCAGUUUUAACGUCAUCGUUCUCAAGCCUGGCAGUUCGAGCCAUUGGAAGGUCGAAGACGCCAAAUUGCGCACUUGCUCGGUCGCAGCAGGCAAGGUGGUUGUCACCAUAGGCGACCAAGAACAAACCUUUAACCUGGGACCAAACGGCGUGUUUAUUGUUCGACCCGGGCAAGCAUGCAAGGUCACAAAUCGACUUUACUUGGAUUCUGUUCUGCACUGCACUACCAUCAAUGACUUUGCGUUGCAGUAG